UUUGUGUGAUGUACCUCACUAGUAGUCAAGUGGAUCAAGUAAAAAACAAAAAACAACUGACCAUAAUAUCAUACAUUUUGCGGACAUUCAGAGGAUUUGAAGUGACGGUGUGGUAAUCCUGUUAAUCUUUUGACCUCGUUCCUCAAAACUAAUGGAGUUUGUCAACGCUGUCGAGGAUUACGCAUGUCCGACCCUUCUCCGCACAGCUUGUUUGUAAUUUACGUGCUCAUUUUGUGAGCAAUAGGACAGCUUUGCUGGUGGAUGAAUAAUUUAUCCAGGUCUCCCUUUGGCCUUCACAUGUGGAACUUUAUAUAUAUAUAUAUAUAUAUAUAUUUUAAUCAGAUUUAUUUCCCCACUUUGCUGUAAAAAGUUGGAUUUUCAUUCAGGACGUUCUUCAGAUCCUCACUGAAAAUGAUGUCCAAGGCUCCAAGGUGGCCCGAGGUCCUGGUUAACAGUAAGAUUCCUAAACCUGCACAAAAGAAAGGAGCAAAGGAAUCCUCAUCAUUAACAGCACCCCUAUUUAGUCGAGGUAAACAGGCUGGCAGCAGUGCACCGAAAGCCACUUUAAAUGGCGGAGGAAGGAGCGGCGGGGGCGGCGGCGAGAAAGACGGUAAAGCUGGUGUCACUUUGAAAAGAAGCAGCCACCAAGGUCGCGGGGGUCACUGGGCCUCCGGGCCAUCGUCGGCUCGUCCAUCCAGACCCGCUCUGCAGCUCUGCAGCAGCCGGAGCUUUUCAUCCCUCGACACUUCUUCCCUCACGAGCGUUCCCUUCAUGAGGAGCAGUCGCUCUCUCAACAGACUCGACCGCAGAGCGACCGCAGAUGACUCCGAUGCGGAAGCGGAUUCUCCAGUAAGGAAGGAAACGAGGUCUGGAAAUAAAAUCCUCAUUGGUGGAAAGUUGUCCUCUCAAGAGCCAGUCGGGUUUGUUGUUUUUCGUAUGUGGUCAGUCUCUCGCAUCGGCUUGCUCAAUUUAAUUCAUGUUUUUCAUCACGGAAGGACUCCUGAAGAGCUCUGGCAUGCCGACGAUGAGGAAAAGAAGCAAAUGAGCAGCUCCUGCGAGACGCUGAAAUCAUCUUCUGAGCUUUCUUGCGCCGCCCGUCCUCAACAAGACGACAGAGUCGAACAAGAGAGCAACGGGAGGGAUCACUCACUGCUCACGAGGAGAAAACGCAAUUUGAGCCAAACCGUCCCUGCAAGCACCCAACUGGAACUAAGCAGUAAGGAUGAUCCCGAAGCGGGCCGCUCGCAAGAGGACGCAUGCCGCGAAGGUGCCGAGGACUCGGAGAAACCGAAAGAAGACGAAAGCCGACGGCAGCAAACGAUGGCAGAAACAUCCGCCGCCAUAAACUGCGCGUCGCCUCCCAGCCCGUCCCCCACUUCCUCACCCCGCACCGAUUCGCCGUCUCAUUUCAGUCCGACGCGGCAGGCGGGAGCAGUGGCCCCUCCAUAUUCACCGUCAAGUGCGAUGCUGUCAAAUGAAGACGGUUCUGAUCAAGAGUGUCGUCCUUCUGAGUCCGAAAGAGGGCAACUUGUCCGAGAGACGCAGAAGGAACUUUAUCGGCUUCAGCAACUCAACAAAAAACUGCAACAAGAACUGCAGCAAGAAAGGGAGAGUCACGUAAGAGAAAAGAAUGAUCUUCUAUUCAAUUCCAACUCGCCAUCGACGCUGCGCCGACUCCACGAGACCAACCGUCAACUCCACGUCGAGUUGGAAGCACAAAAGAGAACGCAGGACGAAGCCAGGGAAGCCGAACUGCGUCAGAGAGUCGACCUCUUAGCUCAACAAGCCCAGCUGCUCGCGACGGGCGACGCCAGCGCGCUGGCUCAGGCGCGCUUAGAGCAAGAACGCGGAUGGUUCCGCGAGCAGCGGACGGAGUGGCGACGUUGCGUCACCUCUUUGAAGACCCAGCUGAGCUUCAGCGAAGAAAAGAGGAAAGAGUCGGAGCUGCGCGCCGCGCGGCUGCAGGAGGAGGCGCGCGCUCACCGGGCCGUCCGGGAGGAGGCCGAGGAGCUGAGGAAGGCUCUCCGGGAGGCCGCGACGCAACUCCGCACCGCCGAAGAGGCGCAAGCUCAAAAAGAGUCUCUCCUGCAGAAGCAUCUCGCGCUCCUUCAAGCCAGCCAGGGACGAGAACGUCAACGUUUGUCAGCCGGUUUGGCCAGCGCGGAGCAACACUCGCGACAACUUCAGGAGAGAUUGGACGGAGCAGAGCGGCGAGUCCGGAGUCUGAAUAAGGCGCAAAUGCGAUGCGGGGACCUCGAGGACACCCGACAACAACUCCAAGAGGAGUUAGCUGCCUCGCGGGCCGCGGAGCAAAAGUAUCGAGAUACAAAAGAGAAGACGGAGCGAGAAUGUCAAGAGCUCCGGGAUCACCUGGCGCAGGCGCGGGCGGAAAUAAGUCAUCUGCAGGGUUGUUUGAGAACCCUGGAGACGCACCACCGCCACCUUCAACGUUCGUAUGAGAGCAUCUCCGAGGAACUGCCGGCGGUGUUGGAGAAGGCGCAGCAGAGGGAGGCCGAGGCUCAGGAAAUGCGAGACGGCUUCGAGGGGCUCCUCGACGCCAAGGAGCGAGAGCUGAACGAGCUGUUGCUGAAGAUGGAAGUCUUGGGUAAUAGUCUGGAGGAGACGGAGGCGCGAUUCCACGACGUGCUCGAGGUUUGCACCUGCGCCGCUUCUCGGGCGGGGUCUUUGGAGGCGGAGCCCCGUUUAAAAGACGACGGCGGGUCCGAGGAAAGAGACACGUUCUCUGCUCAGAACAGCCCUCGUCACGCAAGAGUCCGAUCCCACUCGCUCGGCCCGUCGCAUCGGUACUUCGUCGCUUCGGGAGACGACCCGCACCGCUUCACCGCAGCCAUCCAGAUACUUGAAACCAAACUCUUUGUCACGGAGGAGAAGCUCAGGGAAAUCACCCGACGGCUGGAGGAACAGCGGGAUGGCAAGAGCUCCCCGAGCCCCCGUCUCGAGCGCCGGCUGGCUCCGAGUCCGGCCUCGGCGCGGCAUCUCAGCCGGACCGGGCGCAGCCGGCGCUUGGCUCAGGAGACGGAAAACCUUUGCGGGCUUUUGGCCGCUCGCUUUCAGUUUGCGCUGAGCGUCGUACGAAACUGCCGGGAGAGACUUCAAACGAGCGCCGCCGCGGAAUCGACGGAUUUCGAGGACGCGCUGUCGGCCGUGGAGGCGUGUCUUCGGCGAGGACGCAACGAAGCGGAAGAAGAACGACGACGACGGGCGGAGGACCAAAGCCCCGAUGAUGUUUUGGACGGGAGCGACCGUAGCAACGACGCAGAGGUUGAACACGCCGGCACGGCGCGUUCGGAGGACGUCGGGAGUGUCGGGGCGCGUUUGAUGAGAGAAUUAAUCGUCGUUGAAAAAAUACUGACGGUCCUUAAAAAACCAAAUGAGCAACUGCAAUUUCUAGUGGCAAGAGAAGACGGGAUGACUCUUGCACGCAGGUACCAAGUCAUCACCUCGCAAAUAUUACGCUUAAAAAAGACGCCGCUAGAGGAAGGGGGGGCCGCAGAGGACCACCGAAUCAUCAUGAGAGCCUGCACCGAAGCCGAGUUAAUCUACGCCGCCUUUAAAAUCCAGCAACAAUAUCCGAAAGCUGCCGCCGACUCCAGUCACCCGACGUUUGUUGAAGAGCGGGAGACGGGGAAGGACGCGGGGUUCGAGAAAACGGCAACGUGGCUUCAACCCGAGGACACCCGGGAUGAGAAAAGGCCGCCGUGGUUCGAGCGAUUACUCGCGAGGCUGCAAAGACGAGCCCAAGUCAUGUGGCUGCUGAGUCAGGAGCUGGCGUGUACGGAGGAAAACCCGGAAGCUGCCUCCGGAGUGGACCCCCAGUGGAUGCUGGAGCAAGCAAAGUUGGUUUAUUUGUCCGACAGGCUGUACUUGGAUUUGGAGCAGGAGCAGCGGCGUCGCGUCAGCUUGCAGGACAAAGUGCAGGCGUUGCGCAAAGAGCGGGAGGCCUCGUUGACGGAGGAGCGGCGGACUUUUCAUCACGCCUUACGCCAACUGCGGGAGGACAACAGAGCACUGCGACAGGAACUGGAGCACGCCGAGGAACAGAUCAUAUCCAUGGAGACGGCAAAGCAGAGACUUCAGGAAAACCAGCAGAGAAUCGAGGACUACCACCAGGAAAAGAUGCAAAAACUACAAGCAGAGUUUCAAGUGAAGAUGAAGGAACGGCAGCAAAUCCACCGAGAGGCGAUGAAACGUUUGAAUCAACCGGGCAUGAAAGACUCGGUUUCCGAAGAAGAAGAACACGCUGCAAGCUUGAAAGAAAAAGGCCACGCAUCGCCAACGGAGCAGCGAGAAGACGCCCCGAAUGACUUGGACACUCAUCAGCUCUUUUGUGGCGGGCCUUUGGAGGAAAUGCACAGGAAGUCGAUAGCGGAGCUGCGGCGGCAGCAUGACAAACAGGUGGAGGAACUUGGACGGGAAAAGGAGCGGCUGAUGCAGGAAGAGACAGCUGCCACCUUAGCAUCCAUGAGCGCAAUGAGGAGAGCCCAUAAAGAUGACCUGGAGAACCUUCGAGAGAAUGAUGACAUCACACAGAUCCACAGUGACUAUCACAAGGCGAUGGAAUCACUGAGGAAGGAGCUGGAGGAGUUGUCGUUUCAACACCCUCCAAAAUGCCUCGAGAACUCCAAGCCCAGAGCCGAGCUGCAAUUCGAGAGAAAAUCCAUCUCGAAGCAGAGAGAACAUCCAGAGAGGAAACCGGAGCAGGAUAAAAUGCACACCCUCAGCCAGAGCAAGAUGAAGGACUUUUGCAAAAACAACCACGACGAACCCCAUCAGGAUGUCACGGCCCAAAGUCAAGAUGUCAGCUUUGCCACUCUGCCUUCUGGUAAAGUGGCACGUGGAGAGAAAAAUGUGGUCCAUUGGAAUAUAAUUGUCAGAUGUCAACGCGGUGAAUCCAAGCCACGCUGCAUCGGUGAAGAAAAGUGACAAACCGUCUCUCCUACGUCGGCUUAGAGCAUUCAGGUCAAAGAGUUUGAAAGAAGGUAUUUCCGGCCCAGAAAGGAUGAAGCUGCUUGAUUCAACAGAAAAAUAAAACUACGCUGAACAUAUUUUGCCAUUAGAUGUGGCAAAUUGGGUUGCCUCACCGCAGGCCAACUUGCAAUACGGAACUGAUACCACAGCAGGUCGUCAAUAUCAUAUCAGCCAGGCAUCAAUCUGAUGUAUGACAAAUAGCCUCAGGGAACGCUCACUUGCACUGUACACGCACGUCUAUCGAAAUUCUGCCUUCACAAAGACGAUUUGAUUGUUCGGAGCUGCGGCUGGAAUGUGGCAACGGCAGCCAUCGCGAUUUGGGAUCCGCUUUCCAAUCAUUCACAGUUGCAG